AUGACAAGAGAUAGGGAAAAUUUUAUUAAUUGCCGGAGGCUGCACAGGGCAAAUAUGAUUUUUGCUACAAUAAGCAAUGAUUAUAAUUAUAUAUGUAUUAUUACAUUUUAUGAAAAUGAUUAUAAUUUAGAAUUGUUUAGUGCUAAUAAUGAAAUGCAGAAAAUAUUCAGAAAAACAAUUCCAGAUAAAAUUAAUAAAGUCUAUAUAAAUUAUAAUAACACAUAUAUUUGUGUAACUAGUGAAAAUGGUAGCAUUUACAUUCUUGAUAUGAAAGGCAUUUUUGUUCACCAAAAUGAGAGUUUACAUUGCUUGGUCAGGCAAAAAAAAAGAAAAGUGAAAAAAAAAAUUAGCCAUUUGAAAAAUGGUAAGGAAAUAAAAACAAAAUAUAAACAAACAUUAAAGAGUUGUUCCAAAAUAAUACCAAAAGAAAACGUAAGCACACAUUGUUAUGAUGGAAAAGAAGACCAUUUUAAGGGAGAGAACAUCAUCUAUAAUAGAAGAAAAAGACUCAGAAGUGAUAAUAAAACAAGAAGUAAUAACACACGAAUGUCCUUCUUAAAUAAUAAGAAUAAAAUACAUAAUAGAAAAUUGUCCUAUCCUAAAAAUAUUCUGACCCGUACAUGUAAAAAUACACAAGCGAAAUAUAAGGUAAACACGUCUACAAAUGUUAAUGUUGUAAAAAGAGACGACAAAAAAAGCAUUAUAAAAAACGUCAAUGAUCUAAGAAGAAACAUAGGAACGAGUAAAAAUAAAUCAUUUAGAAAUGAUAAGAAAUACUAUGAAAAGAAUUUUAAAAAGAUACCUUUAACUAAGCAAAAAAAUCUUCACAAAGGACAUUUGCAUGAUGUCACUAUGGAAGAGGGUAACGUUAAACAUAUCCUAAAUCAACGUGUUAGCGUAAAUUCUAAAAUUAAUUCUAAUAUUUUGAAAAAUUCUGAACAGUCAUGCAAAAGUGGUUUAUACAACAUUUUCGUAACUCCAGCGUAUGCAAAGGAGAAGCUCAGGGGAGGAGUGGAACACCAGGAAGAGGAAGACGAAGAAGGAGAUGUAAAAAUAGAAGUUGUUAACGUAGAGGCUAACAACAUAGAAGAUGCAGAAGAAAGGAAGGAACCAAAACAAACGCACAAUGUGGAGUACGAGAAACUCUGUCUAGAAAUAGUAGAUAUAUAUUGGGUCAGCAUCGAAAGAGAGAGUAAAAAGAAGUUUAUUGAAAACAACAGUUAUAUUUACAAUUACAAUUUUCAUGAUAAUUUACAUAUUAUAUAUAGUUUAGAUGUAGGGUUCAAUAUUAUAUGUUCUGUUAAUUUGAAAAUAAUAAUAUACAAAUAUAAUAUAUUAGAGCACUUAUAUCGUAACAUUAAUUCCUAUGUAGAGUUAAGGAAUAAUAUUGUCUAUACAUUUAAGGAAGAAUUUUUAAAAAAGUGUAAGGAGCAGAAAAAAUACCAUUGUCUUUACCUUCUCAAGUUAAUAAAAUCAAAUUAUAAUAAAAACAAAAUUAAUAAACUAAAUACAUCAUUUAACAGAUUUGUAAGGAGAAAAAAUGUUCACAGUGUAAAUGCUUACCACAACAUAUAUAAUUUAUCCCCAUUCUUUUUUAACAUAAAAGAAGAUAUCAUUAGGAAAAUUUUUAACGAUAUAAUUAUUGAUAUAAAACAAUCCUAUGUAUCGAACGACCAGCACUACAUUUUGAUAAAUUACUACAUUAAUGUUAAGAGCAAGUAUGUGAAGUUUUCCAGUCUAGACAUAAAGGUAGGCAAAAAACGCAAAAAGGUAGGCGGACAAAUUGGGGGAAAAAUAGGACACCAGAUAAAAGACCAAGCAGGUAAAAAAUUAGGCAGUCAAAUGGGUAAAAAAUUAGGCAGUCAAAUGGGUAAAAAAUUAGGCAGUCAAAUGGGUAAAAAAUUAGGCAGUCAAAUAGGAAACAAAUUAUGUAGCCAAAUGGGAAACAAAUUAGGUAGCCAAAUGGGCAGCAAAUUAGGUAGCAAAACGGGCAUCAAAUUAGGUAGCAAAAUGGGCAUCAAAUUAGGUAGCAAAACGGGCAUCAAAUUAGGUAGCAAAAUGGGCAGACAAAUGGGUGAUCAAACGGACAGCCAACUAGGAAAUCGAGUAUGCAGAAAUCCUUGUCUAAAAAAAGGUAUAACAGAUAAGUCGAAAAAAAAACUAAACCUUAUAAAAAUGUGUAAAAACAGAGAACAAAUUAACAAGUUCCCACCGGAAAAAUACAGACUAUGCUUGUUAGGAAUACAAAAAAUAAGUCAUAUAGAUAAGGAAAGUAGAUCGAUAGAAAAGAUUGUACUAUAUUUGCUUUACUCUUUUAACAUCCUUCAGAAUAUUUUCCAUAUAUAUGAACAAAUGUCAUCUAUAUAUUCCAAAUUUGAAGAGUACAAAAAAUUAUACAAAAUUUAUGAGAACAUAUUACAAUUAAAUGAAAAGGUUAAAAAGUUUUAUUACAAAGAUAGAACAAUAAUAUACUUUUCAAAAUAUAUAAAAAACAGAAAAGAAAAUUUUGAUGAAAAUUUAUAUAAUUUAUUUUUUAAAGAAAAUGAAAAACAAGAUUUUGCUCACUUUUUCGACGUAAUGAUUAAAAUGAUAAGUGAUAAUACUGUAUGUUGUUCCUGUUCUAAAAAGAAAUUUUUUAGUCAAAAUGUAGACAUUGUUAAAGGUAAAGAGGUUAGAGAAGAGCAACAACCUAGUGAUAACCAUCAAUCGUAUAAGAUAAAAGAAAGCCAAGUAAUAUUAAACGAUCACAAUGAGGUUAAUAAUUUUAGAACAAGAAAUGUACGUUCUCAGACUAUAUGCAAGAAUGAAGAUCAGAUAGACGAAAAUAAAAAAAGGGAUGAAAUGAAUAGUUAUAUUGGUGGUAAUGGCAGUCUACACUAUGGUGUUAGCAGGAGCUGCGGUAGGAGCGUAAUGCCAUCGACCAUCAACAGUGGGGGUACCAAGAGAGGUUGCACGAAGAACAGUUGCACUCAUAACAAUCGAGAUAUAAAGAACCGAGUUAUCAGCGACUGUAGCAGAAACUACAAACUACUGUCUCGUAAUUUGAAGAAGGAAGAAAAGUUUUCUAAUGUUAAGAAGCAGAUUAGAAAAGUGACCUGUGUGCAAAGGGGGGAUGGACGUCAAACAUUUAAUAGCUCGAAAAUGAAUAAGCCUUGGGAUAAGGCAGUUAUCAAUGCCGAGGUUGUAGUAGCUAGAGGAAAGGAAGGAUACAUAAAAUAUAGGGACAAAAUGUGUACAAUUUAUAAUAGGGGUAAAAAUGAGAAAGAUUACUUCCUGAAAAAUGAAAAAAAAAAAAAUAUAUGUAAUCCGAAAACAUGCACUGUUCAGGCAAAAAUGGUGAAGGGGAAAUCAGAAAGAAGCUGCUUAAGAGGAAAUUACGAAAUGGCCGUUAAAAUGGGAAAGGGAAAGGGAAAGGGAAAGAUAAAGGAAAGGCAAAAUGAAAACGAAAAACAAAAGCAAAAGCAAAGUGGAGUGGGAAAGAAUUUGUUCAGAAGCGUUCCUGGGGACGAUGCACAUGAUACAGAACUCAACUAUAGCAGUACCUACACGUGUGAAAGCAGAGAUAACGAUAUGAACAGUUUAUAUCCAGAUGCUAUUGAUGAAGAGAAGAGCGAGGAGGAAUAUUCAUCGGGUGAUUUAUCAGAAGAACAUAACUUGUUCAUAUCAGAAAGUGAACUGGAAGAAUAUUUUAUGAAUAGUCGAAAAUUUUUUAUAAAGAAUGGUGAGAACAUAUGUGAGAAUUGUAAGAAUUUAUUAUUAAGGAAAAAUUCAAUAGACAGUUUUGAAAAUUUUGAAUUAAAUUAUGAAAUUCCAAAAAAAAAUAUAAAAAUAAGUGAAGAAGAUAUAUAUAUGUCGUUAAUUAAAGAUAUAUAUAUAAUGUGUAGUGAAAAAAAAUGUCCAAUAAAUAUUUUAUUAUUACUUCAAGAAUUUAGCGAUAAAGAAAUGGAAAUUUGUAUGGGGAAAUUUCAAUUAAUUUUACAAUUUUUUGAAAAAAAUUUUUUGGAAAAUAUAAAUGAACAUUUAAAUAAUCUUUAUAAAGUAAUUAAUAUAUGUAAAACCUUGAGUAACAAUAUUCCUGUUAUUUUAAAAAAAUAUUGCAGUGAUCAAAUUUUAAAAAUUCAUAGUCUUAUAACUUAUUUAUUAAAAUUAUUUCAGUCCUUUUAUAAUCUACAGACACAUUUAAAUAUAUUUCAUUUCUUAAUGAAAUUAUUAUUAUUUAUUUCUAAAAAUAUAUAUUUUGAAAAUUUUCCUCAUUAUAAGGAAAGUUUUUCCACUUAUACUAAUAUCGAAUUGUUAAAAAAUUAUAAUAUUGUAAAAAGGUAUAAAAUUAAUUUCAAUUAUUUUGAUGAAUAUUUACAUUAUAAACAUGUGAAAUCGCACAUAUUUUAUAUCACAUUAAAUAAAAUGAAAAUUAAUGUAAUACAGAUUUUACAAUCCUUUGAAAAUAAUAAUAUUAACCUGACUUCUCUUUAUAACCUAUCUGUUUUAAAUGUGUCUAUUAAUAAAGUCAACUAUUUUACUCUUCCAAAAAAUAGAGAUAAAUAUUGCUCAGUUGAUAACUACUCCUAUUUUGAUGACUUUAUUUAUAAAAACUACUCUAGGUUUUAUCCGUUUUACAUUUGUACAUGCGAUAGGUACUCUUUCAUAAAUAUAAACAAGUACUACCAGUCUGACCAGAGCUUCAAACUCAUACAGAGGAAGUCCCUCAAAAUUAAUCUGUACCCCCUCAGUGUGCUCAACAUAAUCGCCAUAUCCAAAAGCUUCUUUUACAUAUUUACAAAGAAUGAUAAGAAGCUAAACAUAACAUCAUUAAAAGUAAAAUAUGGCUACUCCAAAAAAAAAUUCUUUAAAUGUAAAAGGAAGGUCAGGAAGCUUAGCAACCUAUGUGUUCUCAAGUGCUCAAAUUUGGAAUCCUAUUUUCCUAACGCAAAUAAUUUCAAUCUUAAGAUUCACAUUUUAUAUAAUUCCAUCAUUGCCAACUGUGAACCACACAUGUGUUUAAUUCUUCAAGGGUUUUAA